AGCUUAUUUUUGCCGCGAAACCAUUAAAAGUUUGCGAUGUGGAUAAGUUAUAUAUAAUUAAGUUGUCAGAAUCAUUGAUGUUGUGUCCUUGAUGAAAUGAACUUCAAUCAAGAUCUUCAACGACUUAAAGUUAUAAUUAAGGAGUGGGAGAAGACAUUCAUCAUUGAAAAGGCCAGAAAACCUACUUCUGCUGACAUAAAGGACGCGCCGGAAAAUAUAUCAGAGGCCUAUUCACAGUACUGGAAGCUCAAGAAAAGUCUCUCUGAACCGAGUUCAUCGGUAGCCUCAGAUGAUGGCGUAUGGGACGUCUCACUGAACAGAAAAUCUGCAGCGAACCAAAAGAAAGUACGACCAAGUUCUUCGAGUGUUUACACCAACAAAGUCCGUGAAAAGCUGCUGGCGUCGUUUCACCUUGAAAGUUCAUCCAAACCAGGAUGCAUGUCCCAUGGAUAUCGAUCUAAAAGUGUGCAAGAUGAACCUGUGUGUCCGAGAUUGGAAGUGCACAAGGAAAACUCGAGCUCUGUAGCACUUUCCAAAACUGACUGCAAACAUGUACAAGCUAAGGAAUGCACUCCAAAUGAAGAGGUUGCAGCCACAAAUGAAGAUAGAGUAUCUAUAUCUCCAUGCAAAAUGGUAUCAGCUUCACGUAUGCUGUACUAUACACAUAGCCUUGACGAGUCAUGGCUGUCAAGAAAUAGCAUUGCUGAUGAUGAGGUGUUCUUCACUCCUCCAUCAUCGUCGUCACAACUUCCCUUGGCAUGUAGGCCAAGCACAUGCAGUGGCAGGUUGAGUGAGAAAGGAUACAUCAAAACCAAGGUCAGCAAGACUUGUCCAAUCAGCUGUUCAUCCAUAGAAUCAACAGAUGAUGUGUUUCUCACGCCCACACCUCCUCAGACUCCUGGUGUACAGCAGCUGCAUGUGUCCCAUCAUCUCGCAUUGCUUUCAAAGGUUACAUCUGAGGAAGACAGUUCUAGUACACAGUUAGGUAAACCACAAGUAAAUACACAAAAUGAAAGCGGUACUAUUCGUCGCAUACCAAACACCCGGCACCAGUUAUGCUCAAAUAAAGAAAUUCGAGUAAAUAAGCUUGACGGGAGCAAGAAAUGCCUACCAUCGCAGGCUGCACAUAAAUUGAAAGAGGAGCCUCUUAAGAAGGCAUGUGAGAGUUUCGAGGUUGAAGUGGUGUCAAAAAAAGACUGCGAAAAGCCAAAGAGGAAACGGCAGAGAAGAACAGACACUGCAAGCACACUCGGACUGUCUGGAAAGAAACAAGAGACAGUGAAAAGACGAAAGACAUUGAAAAAUUCUGGUUCUGAUGAACACCCUGAAGUGAAGGAAGAGUUAAACAAGCCAUCAAUGACAGAUCCAGAUGACAUACAAUCAGGAAGUUCUGCAAUACAACCAAGGAAAGCUGGAAAGGAUAACACGAAAAGGCAUAAAACAAGUAAAAGUCUUAGCGAAAACUUUGUGCGGAUCAACCUGAAGAGAAAGAAGUUUUCACGUGGUCAUCACAAAGUGAAUGUCCGGCAGCUGAAAUACAAAGAGUGGAAAAAGAAACGCAAUUUCUCCGAGGGAGCCUCUUGUAAAAAUGGCACAUCAAAAUGCUUCAAAUGUGGUGAACUUGGCCAUUGGGCACGUUCCUGUUCUACAAACACAAGUAAGCUUGAAAUCCCUGCUGAACCAGAAGUGACGCAUUUGCCCACAUUAGAGGAAGCUGCUGAAAUGGCACGUGGUAUCAAGAGCUGCAACAUGCCAGAAACCUUGACAAAGGUCUUCUGUUCAAAAGAUAUUAAUCAACAUCAAGAUAGAGUGGAAAACAUUAUGAAUGAAAGCGAAGCUCAUAAUCUUGCUGCGCACAUCAAAGAAAAUGAAAGGAUAGGUGUCCAGCCACUUCUAAAAGCUGACCUUCAUGGAAAACUUCCAGAAACACCAAAAUUUGUUUUUGAAACGCUGCGUAAGGUUGGCUUUUCAGAGUUUAGACCUGGGCAAGAAACAACGAUUAUGAGAAUUUUAUGUGGUUUGUCAACACUGUUGGUGUCUUCAACUGGCAGUGGAAAAUCUUUGUGCUACCAGCUCCCAGCAUACCUUUAUGCACAGAAAACAAAAUGCCUAACGUUGGUUGUGUCACCAUUGAUUUCACUAAUGGAAGAUCAAGUGGCAAGGUUGGCUCCAUGCUUAAAGGCCUCAUUCCUGCACAGCGCUAUGCCACCAGCCCAGAAGGAGCAAGUGUUGGCACAGCUUCGAGAAGGCAGCAUUCAUUUCCUGCUUGUCUCUCCUGAAAGCCUUGUGGAGGGCAACAGCAUUGUGCACCAGCUGCCUCCAGUGGCUUUUGCUUGCAUUGAUGAGGCACACUGCCUUUCUGAGUGGUCGCACAACUUCCGGCCUUCGUAUUUGCAACUUUACAAGGUCCUGACUAUGCAGCUAAAGGUUCACUGCAUCCUCGCACUGACAGCGACUGCCACAAGGAGUACGUGUCUAAGCAUAGCAGAACACUUGCAAAUUGACAACACCUCUGCUGGUGUUAUUGGGUCACCUUCUAUGCCAAAGAACCUCAUUUUGUCGGUUUCAGAAGACAAAUACCGUGAUGAGGCUCUUAUAGAGCUUCUAAAGGGGAGCAGGUUUGGCAGCUGUGAAAGCAUCAUAGUUUACUGCACACGAAGGGAGGAGACAGAGCGGCUAGCUUCGUUAAUUCGAACCAGUUUGCAGCAUCUUGAAAAGCCAAUUGAAAGAGACAAUGGUUCAAAAGCAGCUAAAAGCAGACGGUCCUACCUAGCAUGGGAUGCAGAAGCCUAUCAUGCUGGAAUGACAUCAUUCAGGCGGCGCUCGGUACAGAAAAAGUUUAUGACUGGUAAGCUCCGUGUAGUUGUAGCAACUGUUGCAUUUGGUAUGGGGAUUGACAAGGCUGACAUCAGAGCAAUCAUUCAUUAUAACAUGCCAAAGAGCUUUGAGAACUAUGUCCAGGAAGCAGGACGGGCUGGACGGGAUGGUCUCACGUCACAUUGUCACCUGUUUUUGGAGCCCGAGAAGAAAGACCAAAAUGAAUUGAAGCGCCAUAUAUAUGCAAACUCAGUGGAUCGGCACGUCAUUAGAAAGCUCCUUAAGAAAGUUUUCACACCUCUCGUGGAAAGCAGAAAAACUGAGGGUAACACUGCACCUAUGUUGGAUGAAAAUUCCAUGUAUGAGAUUGCUAUUCCAAUUGAAGCUGCAGUAGAGGAGCUGGACUUGAAAGAAGAGAAUAUCCUCACACUGUUGUGCUUUCUGGAGUUCCAUCCUGAUAAAGUUGUGCGAGUGCUAAGUAAGGUGUAUGCAACAUGCACAAUCAAGUGCUAUGGUGGACCACAACAAAUGAGAUCAGUUGCAUCAAAGAAUGCAGCAGUGGCAGCUGCAAUGGCACUGCAAGAGAAAAACUGUGAACAAGAGCCUGCCAACACACUGUCAUUUCCUGUUGUGGAUGUGGCUGCACGUAUGGGCUGGAAUUCUAAGCUGGUCAAGAGGGAUCUGAAGAGACUAGAGUAUGACAACACUAUGCUUCACGCAACAGGACACUCGCGCAAGACCGGUGUCAUUGUGGAGUUUUCAGACCUUGCCUUUCACCUGAAUGUCUCGGCCAGCCUCACUGAAGAGGACUGUGAUCACCUGCUAGAUUACUUGUAUGAAAGAGUACAAAAGCAAGAGAAGAUGGACAUUGCCCGUCUAAGAAAAGUGCAUGAAGCCUUUCAAAGUGCAUCUUGUGAAGAAUGUGCUGAGUGUGCAGAGACUGCAAGCAUAGAAAAAAGCAAUUCACUUAAGAAGUUGAUUGAAGAUUAUUUUGAUGAAAGGUUGGACCUUGAUGAUGAUCAUGAAGAGCCUGCACAGACUGAGCCAUGUCUAAGCAGCCUUCGACAGGAAAUUCGAAGCCUUGUGAUGCAACAUAGGGACCACUCAUUCAAUGGCCGGGCAGUGGCACGAAUAUUUCAUGGCAUAGGGAGCCCAUGUUUUCCAGCACAAGUGUGGGGAAGAGUGCACCGGUUUUGGAGAAGCUUCUUGGAUGUGGACUUCAACACAAUAAUAAACAUUGCAAACAAGGAACUUCUGUCACUGCGUUAAACUGUGCAGUGAAAUUCCUGCAGCCCCCUCAAGUUUGCAGACAAUUUUAUAUGUAAAUACAUACUGCCUUAAUUCUUUUGUAAUAAAGAAAUUUUUAUUUAUUCAUG